GAACAACUGGGUAUAUAAAUGAUCAUACAAUAAACUUUAUAGCUUUCUUCUUCAAAGAGUCUCUAAUACUGUCCAUGCUGUACAGCCUUACGUCAGUCAACAAAACCAAAAACUUAUUAGUAAACUUUAUGCAUUUCUGACUGUGAUAGUUGGCCAAACAUAUGAAUAAACGAAUUAAAUAAAAGAAUCUUCUUUAGGGAAAUCAGUGAACCCAAAAAGUUAAUUUUCCUAUAAAAGUCAGAGAGGUCUGCCACUCGUCUUUUUGAAUCCACCCUCUCCGUAAACAAAGCGCACCCUCUGCUGGACAGUGUGAGCGCACCAAGUAAAAAGCAAAAGGAGAAGGAGAAAGAGGAGGAGGAGGAGGAGGAGGGAGGAAGAGCCGUAUGUUUUCGCAGGCGGAGCUUCUUCCUCCCGUACCGUUGGAAUUCACUGCGUGUAUUUUCUCGGCAUAUUUUGCUGGAAAGAAAAAAAAAGGAGAAACAGCACAGAGGAAGAGGGGAAAGAAGAGCGCCUGUGCAGGCAGAUGUGAGCUGAAGGAACCCGGUCGGUACCGUGAAUCCGCUACGAUGUGGCAGCCUGCGACUGAGAGACUGCAGCAUUUCCAGAACAUGUUGAAGUCAAAGCUGAAUGUUUUGACACUGCGCAAAGACUCGUUACCGAGUGUCAUCUUCCAUGAACCAGAGGCCAUCGAGCUCUGCUCCACAACACACACCAUUAAACCACGCACGCACACUGGCUAUAAGGUGACCUAUCUAGGGAAAGUUACAAUCCCUGGCUCUAAGUUCCUCUCAGGCUGCACCGAGUCUGCCGUCGUGGCUUUAUGGGAUACAAAGUGCUCGUCAAUCGCCAUGGAUGCCUUACUGGAGAUUCGGCCCUUCCAGGUGCGUCUGCACCACUUGGAUGGGCAGAGUGAGGCACCAGACUCAGUGGAGACAUUCCAGGUGGCACGGAUUGCAUACUGCACGGCGGAUCAUGAGGUGAGCCCGAAGGUGUUUGCGUUCAUCUACCGUCAGAUCAAUGAGGACCUGACGUUCCAGAUGGACUGCCAUGCCGUGGAGUGUGAGAGUAAGCGCACUGCCAAGAUGCUCGCUCAUGCCAUGAUGGAUGCCUUCACCAAGACCUUCCACUCCAUGAGGACCGACGGGCGCAUCCACCAAUCAGGACGCGAGAUUCCUGAAGACUCAAAUGCAAAUCCUGAUGAUGGCUGAGGCUGAGGGCUGAGGGGGUGGGACCUGUAGGGGGAAUGUGUGAUCCCAUCUCUGUUUCAGUCUUUGGUGGGAUAAUAAAGAAAAUCAAAAUGUUCUCUUAGCUUACAGCUAAUAAAUAAAUGCAUUUCUGCAGCCAUAUUGCUCACAAAUCUUGUUAUUGUUCUAGAAUGUUGCAAUGAAAAAUUGAUCUAGAACAUGUAUUAGGACAUCACAAUGGGCUGUUCUCAACUGCUGCAGUAGUAUAUUGUUUCAGAAUGUUGCUGUGGUUGUUCUACAAUAUUGUGAUCCAGGUGUGUUCUAGAAUACUGUUAUAGAAUACUGCAUUUAGACUAUUGGCGAACAUUGUAAUAGAGGUUCUGGAAUAUUGGAUUAGGGCAUGAUCGAUCAUUGCUCAUCUCAUGGUGGAAUGUGGUGUUGGAUGAAACAUUGUUCUUAAUUAUUACAAGCCUUGCUCUAGAAAAUCACAGUGAAAAACGUCUGUACAAUAUUUCAACCCUUGUUAUAGAACAUAAAUUAAGGUACUUAAUUUUUAGGUACUUGUUAUAGUACCUAAAUUAUUUUUUAAAAAGUCAGAUUGUUUUACAUUAUUUGUGAACAAUGUUCUUGAAUGCCUUGAU